AUGAGUAAUAAGAAGGUACAAUCCCCUAAGGAAGAAAGCAUUGCUAAAAUGCUUAUUUGUAAAGUUCACAUUGGAACUAAGAAUUUAGAAAACAAAAUGAAAAGAUAUGUAUAUACAAGAGCAAAAGAUGGUGUACAUAUAAUAAAUUUAGCAAAAACAUACGAAAAGCUACAAUUAGCAGCAAGAGUUAUUGUAGCAGUAAGCAAUCCCGCUGAUGUUGUUGUCGUAUCAGCAAGGCCAUUUGGUAGUAGAGCUGUUUUGAAAUUUGCUCAAUAUACAGGUGCUCAAGCAAUUGCAGGAAGAUGGACCCCUGGUAUGUUAACUAACCAAAUUAUACAAAAAUUUAUAGAACCAAGAUUAUUAAUUGUAACAGAUCCAAGAACUGAUGCACAAUCAGUAAAAGAAUCUGCAUAUGCAAACAUUCCAGUUAUAGCAUUAUGUGAUUCAGAUUCCCCACUAGAACACGUAGAUAUAGCAAUUCCAUGUAAUAAUAAAGGAAAAGAAUCAAUUGCAUUAAUGUAUUGGUUAUUAGCACAAGAAGUUUUAUAUUUAAAGGGAUCCAUACCAAGAUCUCAAGCAUGGGAUGUUAUGGUUGAUAUGUUCUUAUGGAGAGAUCCAGAACAAUUUGAAUUAAAAAAUUUAGCAAAUGAAGAAGCUACACCUACUGCUCCUCAUUUAGCUGAUAACCAAUAUGCUACUGAUGCACCAUAUGAUGAUUGGAAUAAAAAAGACGAUUGGAAUGAUAAUGCAAAUGAAGAAUGGAAAAACCCAAUUGCUGUUGAUGAAUGGUAA